AUGGAAGACGGAGAACCUUCAAAUACAGGCAUCGAAGAUGGAGAAGCUUCAAAUAACCUUUCGGAAAAACUACCAAAAAGAGUCCUCGGUGAUGGUUGCUACACCGUUGGUGCUCAGUUGAACAUAUAUUCAAAGGCCAAUGUCAUUGGCCUCCUUGUCGAGGCAUUAAAGGGUACUGAAGAUCUUCAGAAACUACUUCAUUCCCAGUUUGGGAAGUUAUUCCAUCUACCUGUUGCAAGAUGUUGCAACAGCGCCAAACUUGUCCAUGCCCUUCUAUCACGACAACUUGUGACCACGAAGAAACACGAGAUAUGGUUCCUCUUUGGUGGACAGCCUCUGAGAUAUUCGAUACGGGAGUUCAAGGAAAUCACUGGAUUGAAUUGCAAUCCCGAACCUGAUAGCACAGAAAAAGAAGAAGAUGUCGGAAAAACAGGAAUCUGGAAAGACCUGUUCGGAAGAGCGAAGGCGAUGAACGUGUUUGAUGUGCUUGAAAUGCUAAAGGACCCGGAUCUACCCCGCUGGAAACGGCUUCCAUUGGCCCUAAUCGUUCUUGUCGACGGUGUUCUGUUUUGCAAUAGCAAAAAUCUGGCCCUCACCGAGAAACACAUUGAGAUGCUGACUGACUUGGAUAGGUUCAUGCUGUAUCCAUGGGGGAGGGUAUCCUUUAACAAAACAGUAUCUCGUUUUCAAGCUCCGAAGGCAAUCACGGAUGCCGAGAAAAGGGAGAAUCCUGUAACACGAUUGCGCCGUCAACUUAAACAGAAAACCAGUGCAUGCUAUGGAUUCCCUCUAUCACUACAACUCAUGGCCCUUCAAUGUAUACCAAUGUUGAUUUCCAAAAUUCCUCAACCUGAUAACUUGAAGACAUUCCUUAAAGAUCCCGAAGGCUGUCAAAACGUUAUCACACUGUUGCAUCUUGGGGACAUACAUGCCGUGGAAUCCGACCCUCUGUUGUCUGUGAAACAGAUGGUACUGGAUGAUGGUGAGAAUGACCAACAGAAUGAAUUGCGUUGGGGAGAUGAGGUAGAGGAUGCCGAAGUUGCAUUCAUGCAGGAACUCAUGGCGGAGGGGUACAAAUUCACACCUUCGGAUUUUGCAGUGGCACCGGCCCCUAUCGUGGAUAUUAGUGAUGCAGAGGACGAGUUUACCAAUGCACAGGAACCUGAGCCAUCCACCAUACCGAAGAAGAAACAGAAAACUCAUCAAACUGAAAAGCGUCCCAUGCAGAGGAAGAGAGGCAGGGGCAAGAACUCUUCUAAUCUAUCGGAAGAUGAAUCCCCUGAAAAGGACGAAGAAGAUGACGAUGUACACCAGUCAAAAGAAGAAGGGGAACAGGAUGAUGAAGGACAGCACACAAAAAAAGAUGGAUCAAAACCGGAUGAAGAUGCAGACGAAGCCGAAGAUGGAGGUGAAGAAGGAGGUUAUGAUGGGGCACAGUCUAGCGUACGCCAUAAUGAUGGUGUACACCCCGAAGAUGGUGUACACCAGAAAGAAAGAGAUGAUGAAGAAGGGACAUCUACUUACUACGGCAGGGACCAUUAUUCUCCCAGGGACCAUGCGUACUUGAAGACUCCAGGAGCUCCGACGAUGAUCCCUGAACCAGGACAAGCCAAUUCAGGAACAACUCGUCCACCUCCUUACUUCGUCAUUCCGGAUGAAGAUCCACCUUCUGGCCUCAACGAGGUGGAUGGUGGUAGAACAAAUUUGGUGUCAGGCCCCUUAGUAGUCUACAAACCUCAGACUCCUCACCCAUUGUGCUACGCAUAUAAGAAACAUGAAGCGCAGACAGAUGCGCAGGAUGCAGAGGUUGUGGCUAAUGAGGACGACUCAUUAGCGGGGAAAGAUUACCAUACUGCGCCUGAACCCCCACAAGAAGUUGAGGGAUCAUCUGGUGUGAAAGCUUUAUUUGUAUCCAGAUCGAAAGCUGCGUACAAACCACUCGAAACCGUUGAACAAGACCACUUCAAGGCAUUUCACGAGUUAUUAUCGCGUGAAAGAAACAUCGACUUUUGCAUUGUCACUGGUCAUACUGUGAACAAUCAAUUCUUCCUACAAAUUGUGAAGCCUACUGAGUGGGUUAACACGAUGCACAUGCAAGUCAUAAUGGCCAUGCUUUGGAGACGUAGAGGGGAAAUCUACUUGAAAGACAGGGUAGCAUUUGUAGACACCUUGUUCAUAUCCAUCAUCGGCAACUACUACAACGAUUUCAUAUCGCGAGACAGAAAUCAGUAUGACUGGGGGAAAACCAUUCAGGGCAUUGUAUUGGGAAAACCAGCAAAGUGGGCUAAUCAGCGGCAGAGGCAAAUGUUUAUACGGUUUGUGGACGUUGUAUACGUCCCGAUGAACUGGGGGUCUGAGCAUUGGGUGGGCCUUGUAAUUGACUUUAAAACGGGCAACAUAAAGAUUUUGGACUCAUUCAUCAGUCAUAAUGAUGAAGCGGCUGUGGAGCAGUAUAUGGCGCCCGUGUGUCAAAGUAUGCCAUUUAUAUUGAAGCGUUAUUUGGAUAGCAAAUUAACGGAAGACCUACGCACCACCCCUUACACAUGGAGUCGUUUGGAGGGCAUAUAUCAGAACAAAAUAUCCGGUGACUGUGGGUCAUGUGCGGCCAAAUUCUUAGAGAUGCAUGCUGCAGGGCUUGGAGUGGAGGAUAUGGCUUUGAUAACGGACAAUGACGUUGACAGGUUAUGGAAGAAAUACGCCAUCGACUCAUACGAAGAGUUUGUCGGGAAUCCGGCUAUUGCCAACGCUUAG